GGCAAACGAGUUUAUUCAUCGUUGUUUGCAAAGGGUUAACUUUAACACCGAAUCAUGGCUGACAUCACUUCUGAUCCUAGCGACGUUUUCAAGCAAAUGGAAGCAUUUUAUACAAAUUACACGGCAAAAAUACUCAACAGAACCAUCCCAUUCGACGAGAGUAAAGCCAUAUCCUUCGUUAGAGGUAAAAACCAAGAGCUAGAGACCCAACAAAGAGACACAAUACAAAAACCCUCUCCUUCUUCUUCCCCUGUUCCCCCUCCUUCCAGACUAAACGGAGAUGAAGCAAAAGACUUUUAUGAUAAUCUCAUUCAGUCUACCUCAUCCAAUACACACUCAACAAGAGAAAUACCACCACCGAACCAUCAAGCCCCGCCCAGUGACACAAUGAAAAUAAAUAAAGCUCCUAACAGUAAACCAACUAAAGCUUUUUCAAAAAUCGACAUGUUCAAGUUUGUACAAGAAGGAGACCUGGAGAGUCUUUCCAAAGGUUUUUCGGACACUUCUGAACAUGAUGUCAACAUGAAGGAUGCCUAUGGCUGGUCGCUGCUAAUGUGUGCAUCAUGUGCUGGUCAUACAAGUAUUGUUGACUAUUUGUUGAGUAACGGAGCUUUGUGGAAGGGCGUGGUUGAUAGGUGUGGUCUAGAUGCACCUAAAAUUGCUGAGAAAACUGGUAAUAUUGAGCUAGCGGAAUAUAUCAGAACAUAUCAGACAGAGGGAGAAGAAGAUGAGGAAAUUAUUAACGAAGACUCAGAAUUGGGUCGUUGUUAUUAUUGUGAAAUGUGUCAAACAGAUAUAAUGGAAACCCCUAAUGAUCACAGUGUGUCUACUCUACAUCAAUUCAACUGUCAACACAAGCCUAAUCUACACUCAUACUCGCUCCCCGAGGGUAACAAAGGGUUUCAAAUGAUGCUACGUAAAGGCUGGGACCCCGAGAGAGGCCUAGGAAGCACCGGCCAAGGUCAUAAGUAUCCCGUGAAGACUGUUUUAAAACAAGACAGACGAGGGAUUGGAGUCAGCAGCGGUAAAUCCCAGAAACCAAGAGUGACUCAUUUUUCUCCUGGUGACGUCAGGGCUGUAAGGAAUCGUCACUGGAGGCUACAGAGAGAGAGAGGGAGUGAGCCUAAGACGAAGAGAGAGAGGGAGAAGGCACUGAGGAAGGAAAGGAGCUGGGAGAUUAAUAUGAGACAUUACAUGAACUCGGAUUAAUGCAAGCUUGAGAUUAUUAUUUUUAACCCACCCACAUUAUUUUUAUAUGUGUCGAUCUACAAUCAUUGUAUAAAUCUGUGACUGCUAGGUCACAUUUAACCAAUCCAAAAUUAAAUACAAUUAAUCAAA